CAAAUCUUCUGAUAUCCCUAGCCAAACUAGCCGUAAACCCACCGUCAUUACCGUACCAACAUACGAAGAAGUUGAGGCUAAUGUACCAAAGCCAUUAUAUAUAUCUCCACUUCCAAAACCUUUAAAGCCAAUUCCUCCACCUGAGCCAAUUCCCGGUGCUACGGUACUUCUUCGAGCUUGUGCUGCACGAUUGGAUAAAGAACGAUGGCAUAGCUCAUCUAAUCCAAAGUCUGCACCUACCUGGGAAGAAUAUAUCAAGUUGUAUAAUCAUUCAACUGGUAGUGUUAUACGCUCUUCUAUUCGUCGAAAUACGGAUAAAACUACAGACAAAACUGUGCCAAAUUUUAAAAGGGUAUUUAUUAGAAGGUGGUUUGAUAAAGACAGACAAAAUGAUAGUGAUGAGGACUCUAUCGACGGGAACGACGAUGAAUGCUUUACUGAACCAAACGAAAAGUAUCCUAAUGACACAAAUGAUUUCGACCAUCCAAUCGAAUUAGAUAAAGAAUAUCCUAACGACAUAAAUGAUUUUGGUCAUCCUAUUGAAUUAGAUGAAGAAUAUCCUAAUGACACUAGCGACUUCGGUCGUCCUAUUGAAGUGGAUGAAAACGGGUUUACGAAUAACGUUUCAAUAAUACAAAAAAAUAAUGAUAUACGCGUGGAUGAUUUUUCAGACCACACCGAUUUUAGGGAUAAACCCUAUAGUAAUUCUUUGCAAGAAAUUCAAGAAGAGAAUGAUUAUUAUGAUGAACAUUUUGACAGAAGCUCCAGAGAUGAUGAACCACCAAAUAAACGCAAAAAAUUAAUAUGCGACACAAAUCAUACAGUGAUUCCAAAUAGCUAUGACGACAACGUCGAAUCAAUUGAACAAAUAAAUGACGCAGAACACGAAACCAUCCUUAAAAAAACUCAAUUAGCGGUCACUCCUGAUAUGGAUUUCUUUGAACGUCUUAAAAUCCUCGCACCUGAAGCAGCUGCAGUAUAUCAUGAGAUGGAGGUUGUAGAAGAAUCAAUAGAUACUGAUCAAGCCAACACUCACCGUGUUAAAAAUCCGUACGACAAGAAGGCGUGGUUCGGAAAAGAUACAGAAAAAUUUUAUAAGGUUAGUAACAAAGACCAAAAAUCUUUUGAAUGA